AUGGCGACACAGUAUGAUCCGCAAGGCUGCUGUUGGAGCGGCCCGUACCGGCCUCCGGUACUCAAUCCAGCUGCUAAUUUAGGUCCGGUGGUGCUGAACGUACUCGAGCGUACACCUCAAAAACUGGCACAAGUGAACGGUGACACCGGCUACACUAUGACCAGUGACGAAUUACGGCGCCGUUCGGUACGGUUCGCCAAGUUCCUGCUAGCUUCGGACUAUCGGGUGGGUGAUGUGAUUGCGCUAAUAGCACGCAACUCGGACAACGUUGCUCCGAUCGUGCUCGGAUGCUUUCUUGUCGGCGUAACGGUCAACACGCUCGAUCCAUCGUUCGGUUUGGAAGAGGUCGAGCACAUAUUGCGGCUUACACGUCCACGUGCCGUCAUAGGUGAUGGUGACGUUCUCGUACUCGUCGGUGAAGCUGCCUCCCGUGUGGGAUUAUGCUUCAACCAUACUUUGGUCCUGCUGCACGAAAUCCGUGGUCGUGAUGUUACGCUACACGAAACAUGGAAUUCUGUUGAUGCGCUGGUGCAAAGAACGGUUGAGCAGGAAGAUGGAUUCGUACCUGCGUACUGGGGUGACUCGAAUCAGUUGAUUGCCGCUAUCGUCUGUUCGUCGGGAACAACCGGUUUGCCAAAAGCUGUUCGUAUUUCCCACACCCAGCUCAUCGCACCAUAUCAACGUAUCAGCCAGCUGGAUCAGAACGACACGCUGUUGUGUUUUAGCACACUGUACUGGAUAUCCGGUUUGCAAAUAUUAAUGAACGGCGUACUUAACGGUAUCCGGCGCAUCAUUACAAAACAGCCUGCCACACCUGAACUUGCUAUCCAAUUGUGCAAGCGUUAUCAGGUAACGGUGCUGCUUGUUACACCUACAAUGGCAAGCGAUAUUGUAAGGACGAUAGCCCCAACGGAACGGCUAGAAUCCAUCAAGCUGUUUGCUAUCGGGGGUAGCACAGUGCCAAAGCGGUUACGCGAGGAAAUUAAUCGACGAGUACUCGUGGCUGGCCGGGGACGAUCAUUUGUUGGAUAUGGCACCAGCGAGACGGGCAACAUCGCUUACGAGUUAGUGCCUAGGGAGGACUCUGUUGGCUUUCUGUUGCCCGGCGUCAAAGCGAAGAUAAUUGAUGAAUAUGGGCAUCCGCUGGGUCCGAACGAAAACGGCGAACUGCUUAUCCGUCCCGUUUACCCGUUUCUUGGCUACCAUGGCGAUGAAUCGUCGACUAAAGCUGCACUAGAAAACGGUACGGAAGGUUUCGUGCGCACCGGCGACAUUGCUAGGUUUGAUUCCGACGGAUUCCUGUAUCUAAUGGAUCGCAAACGAGAAAUUUUCAAAUACGACGGUUUCCAGAUCGCACCGACCGAACUGGAAGAAUUGAUUGCUGAGUUAGAGGGAGUGCGGUACGUUGUUGUUGUUGGGCUGCCUGAUCCUGAACGUUGCUACAAUGAUCUUGCUACAGCGCUUAUUGUACGCGAAGCGAACGAAUCAGCGUCCUCGCCCAAAACACUAACCGAACAGGCGGUGAUAGACCAUUGUGCCCAGACUGCAGAUGGUCGGGCACGACCAAAGCAGAAAUGGUUACGUGGUGGCGUCAUUUUCGUUGACCAGCUGCCCAUGACGGCAAGCGGAAAGGUGAUGCGCAGUGCUGCGAAACAGCUGGCACGACAAUGGAAAUUGCAAAAUUCGCCACAUUAAAUAGAUGGUACAAA